AUUUCUGUAGCUUUCUCACAUCCCAUUCACGCCAAUUAUUCCAGUGCAGAUUAUUUGUGUUGGUUUGCGUCUCUCAUUUUCUCCUAAGUGUGGUUAGUUGUUAGUGGAAACUAUAACAAAUAUUUGCCUUAACGUUAAGUUUCUUGAUAUUAGCGAGUCGCUGGGGAUGGUUAGUGUCUCGGUUCACUCCUGAAAUAAUAACGGCUGCUUUAUCUGCCAUCAGCUGCAAUGUAGAAGCGGAGAAAAAGACACUUCUCCCAGCAUGUCUCUUGUUCAUGACCUUCAUGUGUAAGUCCUGAGCAUGGAGAUGUUGCUUGUCAGCAAUCGUUACUUCAGGAAGAAAAAAGCCAAAGCGUCACUGGAGAAGGUAAUGAGCCGGUGAUGGACACGGACUGAGUGGAAUCGAUGUUAUCGGUAGAAGAUGACGAGGACUGAAAUGAGGUGGAGUAAUUUACUGACAAUCUGAUGGAGAGCCUCCAGUGAAAUAAGCGAAUAGUAGUGCCUCAGAGACCGGAGGAACUCGGGUCCACUCUCUCAUGGACCUGUGCAGCAGGAACCCGAACCGCACGGUGCCUGUGAGCGAUGACGUGCCCAGACGAGCCGACGUGCCCCUGUGCUCCAGGACAAAUGGGUGGAGCUGGCCUCCUCACCCCUUCCAGCUGUUGGCAUGGCUUCUCUAUCUUUACUUUGCAGUCACAGGCUUUGGAGUUUUCAUCCCUCUGCUGCCGUCACACUGGAUCCCGGCUGGUUAUAUUUGUACAGGCAUUACUUUCGUCUGUCACCUGCUUGUGCACCUGACCGCCGUCUCCAUCGACCCCGCCGACUAUAACGUCAGAGCGAAGAGCUACAAAGGACCGCUGCCUGCGUUCGACCGCACGAAACACGCACACGUCAUCGAGAACUGCCACUGUUACCUCUGUGAGGUGGAUGUAGGACCGAAAUCCAAACACUGCAGCGCCUGUAAUAAGUGCGUGGCCAGUUUCGAUCAUCACUGCAGAUGGCUAAACAACUGUGUGGGCAGCAGAAACUAUUGGGUUUUCCUAAACAGCGUCAUAUCCGCUCUGCUGGGCAUAUUUUUAGUCGUGAUCAUUGCCACUUACGUUUUCAUCGAAUUCUUUUUGGAUCCGUCGAAGCUUCGAUCCGAUAAACACUUCCAGCAAGCUUCUGUGAAGAACGAAUCUGUGGUGUGGUUUGUCUUCUUGCCAGUGGCUCCAGUAUCUACAGCAGGUCCAGCCAUCCCAGCCCUGGCAGGAGUAACCAUCACGAUGGGGCUCCUUUCCUCGUUGCUGCUCGGCCAUCUACUCUGUUUCCACAUCUACCUCAUGUGGAACAGGCUGAGUACAUACGAGUACAUCGUCCGACAGAGACAUCGUCAGGAGGUGAGAGACAAUAACAAAGACCCUUCGGGGAACGAGCCUGGAGUUCCCAAGAUAAACCUCAUCAAGGAUGUGAGCUACUCGGGUACUCUUGGUUACACCAACCCUGAGAUGGAGGUGGAGGAUCCUGCCACCAGGAGCGCACAUGGAAAUCCAGAGAUGUAUGGUAACGGCAGGAUCAGAAGCUCGCUAGAAAGAAUGGCUGAUGACGAGCUACUCCCUACCGUGUCCACGGAGCAGAAACCAGCGCCCCGUCCUUCCAAAAACACACAGAAGAAAAGAAAGAAAGUGCGUAAAAUACCAGCAGAAGUGAUUGAUGAUCGAGUCACAGAGAUGAGCACGAGCAGAGGCAUGGCACAUCAUUCAGCUGAGCAAGAAUCCUCCGUAGCCGCUGCCACUCUGUCCUCAUCCCUAAGCCAGCGCCUCCCUUUCCCAGCAUUCCAAGUGCGGGUGACCCUCCCCCCUCUGGCCCCUGUGCAGGCUGCCGGACCCCCAGCUGAGUACCACUCUGAUUCCGCAGAGUCUCUGGAGGAGAUCCCCGUAGCUCUGGCACGCCUGGGAACUGCCAUGCCAGCACGGGUGCCUCUCGCUUCCGUCUGCCAUUCCUCCUCCAUGCAGCGUGUCUUGCUCCAGCCGUUACCCUCUCCACAGCCCAGGACCAAAAAGAAGGCUUCGGCUCGCAAGGCUGCAGAAGAGAGAUUCGAGAUGGCAUCCCAUAAUCCUUUCGUGUUCGUCGGUAGAGGAAACGGAGAGACCGCCUUAACUCUAGACGGCACCAGACCCGAGGACGGACACGGUCACGUUGGAAAACGCAAGCACACGAGCAAGAGAAGAGGCACAGAGGAGGCAAGACUCGGCUCCAGAUCCAACACGCCGCUAGCGUAGGAAUACAAGUGCCGUGACUUUACCUGGCUUGCUAGCAAAACUUCCCAGAGAUAAGCUGCAUCAUAAAAAUACAAAUCCACAGGCACUACAAUCACAGAUGUAGCAACAAAAGCCUAUCACCUAUGCAACCACCACUGAGUGCAGGCUUUCCCUCUGGUUUCUGACAGACUCUUUUGAUAAAUGUGCAGUUUCUCUUAGCAUUUCAUUUACUUCAAUACAUUUUGCUAAUAACUUCUCUUGUAGCAUUGCACAAUUGUAUUUGUAUGUGUCUUUUUUUUUAUUUAUCAUCACACAGUUUUAUCAACUAUUAAUUCAUAUUGAAUGCUAAAGCUCAUAUAUUGUGUACAGUCUAUAGCAGAUUAAAAUAUCUGUUGACUGUUGCUCUAAACAUAAAUUCAGUGAGGUUUCUUUUUUGUUUUCUCCAUAAUAAUGUUUAGUAUUAAUGUUAUCAAUAAUGUAGUUAGAACGGAACACAUUUUCUUAUAUUAUGUCCUACUUAUGCUACAGAAAUGACACUCGAGCAUGAGCCACGUCCCAAGUGUUGCCCGAAGCCCAAUGCUCCACCUCUAUGUCCACUCUCUGGUGAUGUAACUGAGAUGUAGAUCGAUGGCCUGUGAGCAAUUCAGGCACACAGAUGUUAAAGCUAGUAUUUGACGGCGGGCCUUAAAACUUCAUUACGUUCCAGUUGUGUUCAGUGUGGUUGAUUAACGACGGCUCACCGUUCAGUGAUGCCGAGGGUCAACAAACCGCACGGUUAUUAUUAGAUGUGAAAAAGAUCAGACUGGCAAAUUGAAACGAUUUCUUCACAGGAUUUGUUUUGCAAAGUUAUUAUCCUAACGCUGUCUAGUCAUAGGUUUAAUAACUAAUAUGAUUUCUUUUCCUGCUUCUGUUCCUUCUGCUCCAGUCCCUACGUGCGCAGAAAGUUUAACCAAUCCCACUCUUAUUAUUUUUCCUAGCACUUAGCUGUAAUAUUUUUGUGCCGGUUUUAUUUGUCAACCUAUAAACAAAUUAUUGAUGAAACCACUGUGACUUAUAAAGUUUUUAAUGACGAAUAACAAAUGACUGAACACGGCAAACGCAUUGCACAGUGGUGUUCAAGCAUCCAGUUUGCUACCAUGUUAAUAAAUGUGGAUUUUCUUCAUAAAUAUAUUUUUUCCUCCUGUUAAUGUCGCUGCAUCCGCUUUGCCUCACUCUUAAAAAAAAAAACAUUUGUAAAUCAUUAUAAAGACUCAGUCCUCUAUGUUAGGGUUAGGGCUUGUUAAAGGGUACUUGUUGUAAGGGUGCAUAUUAAGGGAGCACUGUUUUUAAUGCCAAAAAUCAGAACUGACAGCUUACACCCGAGUCAGGACCGUGAACCUGCACGUGUAUCAUUUGGGACGGGGACUGGAUCUCCACGUGCUUUUUCUUGUCUGGUAAUAUGUCAGAAACUUGCAGUAUUUAUUUAUUUUUUUAGUUACCCAGGCACUGUAUAGUUUCUGUGGAUUACUAUUAGAAACAAAAAUCCAUAUUGCUUGUUUUGUGUCGUCGUCUUAUGUCUUGGCAACACUAAUGGAUAGACCAGGCAAGGUUUGAGGCUGGUUUUUUGAUCACAGAAGACGUCCUGUUUUUAGGCUGAUCUUAAACAGUUAUUUUCGUGGAUUAUCUUGUGGUAUGGGGUGUGUAAAAUCCGUCUUUUAAUCCACGUCUGCUCACACUGUCCUGAUUUACGUGCAUAUAUUAAACAUGUUCAAUAUAUAUUUAUAGUAAAUAUUUUACGGCUCAGAAUCCUGCAGUGAUAGAGGAUACGCCGACUGUCUUGUGUAACAGCGUGGUCUUGACUGUAUGUGUGGUAUCAGAAAGUGUACGAUGUUAGGAGAAACGUGUGGAGUUUGAUGACUUAAGAAUGAUCCAGUGCAAAAACCUGUGAAAUUUGUCAUAUCUGGUGUCUGUUACAUCAUAUCAUCUCUUAUGAUUGUUUAUGAAUUUUUACUUUGGCCCAGACAUUUAAAAAAAAAAAUGUUGCAUAAUCUGCUUUCCUGUACAGCACUGACACACAUUAAAUUCUUUUUAACCA